CACAACCUGAGUCAUAAGCCUGCCACAUUUUCUGUGUCCAUUUUACAAUAUUUUUAGGCUAUUUCUUCAUUUCUUGGCUUUUGUCAAAACUAGAAUUAUUAAUUCUAUUUUUAUUGCAAUCGGGUAUAUAACUUUCAAAGUGUGAUAAAUUUGAUAAUUAUUGCAGUGUUGUUCUACAAUAUAAACAAUGCCAGUCCCAGAUACAAAGUCCAGUUGGGCAGAUGAAGUUGAAGAAGAGGGUUCACUACCCGCGCCCAGCGAAGUAAUCACUAAUGGAAUGAAAAUCACAACUGAGUACAAAUUCAAUGAGGAUAAUAAGAAGGUAAAAACAGUGCGCACCUACAAAAUCGAGAAGCGUGUUGUCUCGAAGAACAUAGCUCUGCGCAAAACGUGGGGUAAGUACGGCGACUCGCAGCACGACAAGCCAGGUCCCAACCCACAAACCACCUUCGUCUCUGAAGACGUGUUCAUGCAGUUCAUCACCAACAAGGAGGAGCCGGACAAGAUUGAGGAGGAUGCUCUCGACAAACUCAGAAACCUUGGCGAGAAGGGUGCGGUGAAAUGCCGUACCUGUUCGGGAGACCAUUGGACCAGCCGCUGUCCGUACCGCGAGUCCAAGAUGGCGUUGGCCAGCAAGGAUGUGGGCAAGGUUGGGGGUGGCACAGGCCCUGGGGCAGUGGGAGGCGGACCGGCAGCCGGCGAGGACAAGCCCAAGACAACCGCCAAGUACGUUCCACCGAGCAUGCGCGACAGCACCGGAAAACGCGUCGAAAACCUCAACCCGCGUCAGCGCGACGACACGCUCGCGAUUCGUAUCUCCAACCUGUCCGAGUCCACCCAGGAGGCGGAUCUCGAGGACCUCGUCAAGCCGUUCGGUCCCAUCUCGAAGAUUUUCCUUGCGAAAGACAAGGCCACCGGUCGUUGCAAGGAGUAUGCCUACAUUCAUUUCAAGAAUCGCGCCGAUGCGGCUAAGGCUAUCCAACAUCUGCAUGGCUACGGUUACGAUCACUUGAUUCUCGAUGUUGAGUGGUCCAAACCAUCCACACAUAACAACUAGACUUGCUACUUGUUUCUAUACUAUACGGUGUUUAAUGCUGAAUCAAUAAUCAAUGGGUUUAUAAUGUAUCUUUUCUUUUAAUAAAAUGUUCACUAUAAACAUAGAUAUUGUGAAAUUUCUAGAA